AUGACUAUGCUCCUCGAUAGCGGUCCGCAGUUCCCAUCGCUCGGAGUUGGAGGCUUCGGAACUCCGAGACACCAUGAGCUUGGGAACAGGGAGCACGGGCUGGGGCUCAAUCCUUUUGCGGACUCGUCCCAUCCGGCCGCUUUUAAGAUCAGUCCCGUUACACACGACAUAGCCCCCAGCCAGACAUCAGCUUUUACUCCGCAAGCCGGUGGAUAUGCAGCCGCGCUGGGACACCACCAUCACGGAGGACAGGUCGGCUCCUACAGUGGAGGUGCCUUCAACUCCACGCGGGACUUCUUGUUCCGAAACCGGAGCGAGUCGACAGCCACGGGCGCGCAGCACGGGAUCUUCGCAGCUUCCGCGGGCAGUCUUCACGCACCCCCUGGAAUCCCGGACAACCCAGGCCAUUUGCUGUUUCCAGGACUUCACGAGCAGAGUGUGAGCCAUACUUCGCCCGGAGGACACGUAGUAAACGGUCAGAUGCACCUCGGUUUACGCGGGGACCUUUUCGGAAGGCCGGAUCCGUACCGCCAUGUCCCGAGCCCUCGCACGGAUCCGUACGGCUCCGCUCCACUGCACAACUACAACCAUCCCAUCAACAUGAACAUGGGCAUGAACGUGCCCACGCACCACGGCCCGGGUGCGUUCUUCCGCUACAUGAGGCAGCCGAUAAAGCAAGAGCUGUCAUGCAAGUGGAUAGACGAGAACCAAAUGAACAGGCCCAAAAAGACGUGCGACAGAACUUUUAGCACCAUGCACGAAAUUGUCACACAUGUGUCCAUGGAGCACGUUGGCGGGCCCGAGCAGAGCAACCACAUUUGCUACUGGGAGGACUGUCCGAGAGAGGGCAAAUCCUUUAAGGCCAAAUACAAACUCGUAAACCACAUUCGUGUGCAUACUGGGGAGAAACCGUUCCCCUGUCCGUUUCCUGGUUGUGGGAAAAUAUUUGCAAGAUCGGAAAAUUUAAAAAUUCACAAGAGGACUCAUACAGGCGAGAAGCCGUUUAAGUGCGAGUUCGAGGGCUGCGACAGGCGCUUUGCGAACAGCAGCGACCGAAAAAAGCACAUGCAUGUGCAUACUUCUGACAAGCCCUACAUCUGCAAAGUGUGCGACAAGUCCUACACGCACCCAAGCUCUCUCAGGAAACACAUGAAGGUCCACGAGUCACAAGGUUCAGAGUCGUCUCCAGCAGCGAGUUCGGGAUACGAAUCAUCGACGCCACCGGUGCUGGUUUCAGCGAACUCAGAGGAUCCCACCAAAACGCCUGAAUCAACCGUGCAAAGCACAUCAACACACAGCGACGCUUUAGCGCCCAACUUCAACGAAUGGUACGUUUGAGACUUCGACUUUCAUUGCGGACCAAAAGGUUCAAACAACCUUUAAAAAAAACAAAAAACACUAUUCACACAUGGGUGAACAAACAGACAGUGGAGGAACACGAAGAGUGCUGAGAGUUCUCCACAACAGGCCUCCUCCGUUCUCAGGAUAUAAAAACAAAUCUGACUUUUAUUCCGAGAUUGAAAAAGAAAUCAUAAAUAAAUACACUUUCUAGAAACAAAAAAAACAUUAAAAUAA